CACACGGUCUUGGCUACCCUGGUGUGUUGCUAUUGGCUUCACUUUGACAGGCGGUGAGCUAUCGGCCUCCACACUUGGCACUGCAAGGGAGACACUGGAAGAACGAGAGGUUUCUUUGCCCACGAGUGAUGCAGAGAGCGCGGUAUCCAGUUCAGCCCUUGCACUGACUGGGAAUGGGACUCAUUCUGGGACGCAGCGUCCACCUCCUCGACAGUCUCCCAGGUCGGCUCGGCCGCGCUGUUCCAAACGGAUCCCCCCAAAUCCCUUUGGAGCCCCGGGGUGACGCCCCGUCGAUGGUAACGGCCCGAUGGCUCUGAGUACUCGGGCCCACGCUUUCUCGGUGGAAUCUCUGGUGGGGCACUCUCUGAAGAGGAAACUGCAAGAAGGCGAGGAUGGGAAGGCGAGAGACCGGCCCGGAGACACGCUAAAACAAGCCCAGAGCUCCAAGCAGAGAGAAAAGCAACAAUCAGGGAAGGCGACCACUGAGGCGAGCAAGACCCGCAGUGGCUCCGGACCCACCUCACCCGCAGGGGACUCCGAAGGUCUUCAACUGGAACUGCAAGGCUCCGAGCUUUGGAAACGAUUUCACGAGAUUGGGACAGAAAUGAUUAUCACUAAAGCGGGCAGGCGCAUGUUUCCCGCUGUUCGAGUGAAAAUCAAAGGUCUUGAGCCAGCCAAGCAGUACUAUAUUGCCAUGGAUAUCAUCCCCGUGGAUUCCAAAAGAUACAGGUAUGUGUACCACAGUUCACAGUGGAUGGUGGCCGGAAACACUGAACAGUCCCCGUUAAACCCCCGUCUCUACAUGCACCCCGACUCGCCAGCUUCCGGGGAGUCCUGGAUGAAACAGAUCGUUAGUUUCGACCGGGUGAAACUCACCAACAAUGACAUGGACGAGAAGGGGCAUAUUAUUCUCCAGUCUAUGCACAAGUAUCGGCCACGAAUCCAUGUGAUACUGAAAGAAGCAGAUGAGCACAUGUCUGUGAACCAAAUCCUCCCGCCUAAUGGAGUCCACACGUUCGCUUUCCCCGAGACUGAAUUCACAACUGUCACAGCUUACCAGAACCAGCAGAUUACAAGGUUGAAAAUUGACCGAAAUCCUUUCGCCAAAGGUUUCAGGGACCCCGGGAGAAACAGGGUUAAUCUAGAACGGGUGAUGGACAAUUAUCCCUGGAGGACCGUAGAGUGCCGACCAGCGCUGGACUUCCAAACUUUCAACAUCCAGAAACAAAUUGGGUGCUCUGACUCUCGGCUGGGCACCUCCUGCGGUGUGCCCCCGGCUCCUCUGGCCUCAGUGUUCUCUCCAACCUGCUCCUUCCGUAUGAGCCCAGCUUCCCUGGGGAUGAGCUGCGGCGAGUCCACGCUGUGCGGCGUGGACGGCCCGGUCUGCUACAAGCUGGGUGCGGCCCCCCCGGCUCUGGCCUGGCCUUUCUGUGACAGGCUGAAGGUGAGCAGCGGUAGUGACAGCAACAGCGACCUCCUGGUGGCGCCCAGGUCUCCGCCGCUCAUGUUCCGCCUCCCGGCCUUCUCUUCGGCCGGCGUCCUGUCCGCGAACGCCGGCAAAGGGUUCAACUGCAGCGGCCGCGACUCGCACCUCGGACCCGGCGUGACCAUCUCGCAGCUCCCGCUGAGGCAUCCGGCGGGCGCCGUGAGCCAGGAGACUGCGAGCCAUCAGGACUUGUACGGCCCCCGCCGCCCUUACACUCUGUACGGGUACACACCCUCGACGCUGACAGCCAGCCCAUUGAAAGCGGCGGCUCGGAACACUGCAGCCUCUCCCGGCGAUGGGCUCCUGGCGGCCGGGAGGAACUUUAGGGGCGCCAAGUUUAGCCAGUGGCCCCAGACCCUGGACCCAUAGCCUCAAGCCUGGGCUUCUGUACGGAGCGGACCUUCGACCGAAGGGAGGCUGCCGAAACCACUCUGGCGAGCGGCGGAACAUGCGGAGAAAGCAAAGCACGAGCACCCACUUCGGGGGCAGACAAGAGGGGCUGGAACUCGAGGGUUUUCUUAAAAAAGAAAACCACCGAAAUGCACGCUUAGAUAAAGCCAGGAAAUCGGGGCGGAAAUUCAUUUGCAAGUGACCACGUCUUUGGGGUUUACGUUCGUUCAGCGGUCUCUAAAAUUAAUUCAGCGAUGGAUACUGUGUUGGGAAUCGCGAGAACAGUAAAUAGGACACAAUUAAUUAAAAACAAAACACGUUUCGUUGGAUUCUUCGGUUCACAAGAAUCCUUCUUGUUUUUGUGUGUGUUUUUUUCCUUUUCUGGUCAUAGGUUUUAUUCAGCCUAACAAGUAUUAUUUCAAAUGCAUCCCGAAACUUUGGAACUUAAGAAGUCCAUUCCUUAAAGUGUCAGAGCAGCGUACAGGGCGGUUUGAGUGCACUUAUUAGCCAAUCCCAGUCAAACACGAGCGAUUUAAUGAAUGAAAACAAAACUGGAAACACUCAACCGGUCUGGCAGCGGCUGAGCAGCAAGAGAUCCGUGGCCUGUCAGUGACCUCGCCAUCUCUCUGGAGGAGCUGACCUGGCCUGUGUUUUUUUCUUCUGUAUUAUUUCAGAUUUCCAGCAUCCGCCACAUCUUGCUUUUUUUUCCCCCAUUCCCAAGAUUGUUCGCCUGAAAGAUUGAAACGCUUUUAGCAUAGUCUGCCUAUUUCGUGCCGAUUUGAAUCAGGUGCCAAUUUUACAUAAAAACAAAGCAGAAAAUUAGCGAUCCCCUUAAACCGGUUUGCAAUUUCUUGUAUGAGGCCACCGUAAACUUUAAACCAGUUCAUAAAGGCCUGGAUCCUCAUGUGUUUUGCGACCAUUCUAUAUCUAAGCGUUAAUUAUUUUUGAUCAUAUUCUUAACUGCCUAGAUUGCGUGCUUGUAUACCCGCACACGCUAUAACACACAACAUUCUCGCAGUGAAUUUGUACGGGGCAGGGUCAGCAGCAGUGAAAUAUUGUUUCGGGCAGCCUCGCUGUUUAUAUCAGUGUAGCAAAGUAUCGAAGCUGCGUUCAACCUUGCCGUAGCGUUUGAGAGUCGAGGCGGCAAUAUCUUAAAAAGCAGUGAUCGAAUCUACAUUUAUAUCUACAAGCGUCUUCAAAGUAAAAUCUCAUGAUGGGAGACAGGCACCGCGCUAAUCAUAGGGAGGUACCUUGACCCCUGUGCGUCUUUGCACGCUUCUGAUAUCUCAGUUUAAAGUGACAAUAAGGCACUUUAACAAUUAGUCAAAUCAUGUAGUUUGUAAAGAUCCUGUCAAUUUGCAAACAUCGCCGAUUCAAGUCCAUUUUAACUAAAUUAUUUACAAUUAGAUUGUGACUUUAAAAUGAAAUGUCAAAUGAAGGGGAAUUGCAGAUUGUUAGGGGAGUACAUAGUUGGAUAUCAAAUGGUAGAUUAUCGCCAUGGUACAGUCCAUAUUAUGUUGCUUACGACGGUAGACAGAAGAUUCAAUCUGCCUCAUCUAAGUGAGGUAUCUUGUGCAUCAGAACACACUUACUCUUUCACACCUGUCCAAAUCCUUAUAAUCUCGUUGGCAACAAGCAGGAGAGCUCUCGUAGAAGAUGUAACUCUCAAUUAGUGUUGGGUUACUUUCAACGAAAAUAUGAAUCAUUGAUAGAAAAUCUUUCCAUAUACACAGGGGAAAAAGACAAUAUUUGUUUUUAAUUAAAGGGAUAGGAAAUUCACUUGUUUUUUGUGCUUACAUUUCUUUGCAUUCAAGUAAUAUGUACAUUAAAAUAAAAAUAUUGGUCCUGAAGGCCAGUGAUUGUAAUUGGUUCAGUGUUUCCAGUGAUCCUUGGCAUUACUUGUAGGUUUCUGUUAUUUCAAGAGUGUAUGCUUGUGCUUACUCACAUUGCUCGCUCACUUUGACCAAAGUCGCUGGAAGGAAUUGCUCCCGUUUGUGCUCCACAAUAUAUGGAAUGUUUUUGAUGGAAGACAAUUUUCUCUUACAAUUGAAGCAUGAUAUCUGAAAGUUGUGAAUUGGUUUCUUCGAACCAGGCUGACAAAUAAUAAAACAAUCAAGUUUAUGGUUAGUGGAUUUUUUUUCUGUCUGAAAUAGCAAUGGCAUUUAGGGAUGUAGCAACAGCCAAUGCAUUUUGAAGUAAUUAAUUGUACACAAGCCCUUAGAGACGCCGGAGACAUGAUAUGGCAUGGAAUGAGUUCAGUCUGGCCAUUCUUAUGAUUUUUGGUAUUUAUUUAAAGGAAUACAUUAAUAAGAUAUGACUUUGAUAAAUUGCAAAAAAUCUCAUUCAGUGCAUUUGUGUAUUGACUAUACUUACUUCAUAGGUCACAGAGCAUCCUGACAUUGCAAUAUACAAUAGAAAUUAUGACUUUUAUAAUAGGGAGGAGGAAGUUAAAGUGUAUACUGACAGGAUCAGAUAAAGAGUGGUGAGAGGAGGCUCCUAUGGAUCAAGUUGGCCAAUGUGGGCCAUUUGGCAGACAAGAUGGAAGAACAAGUUUGCAGAACAAUGGCUCAGAAGGUGGAGAUUCGGAAGGUGUCUGGCAUUCUGCUAUGAUGUUUAGAAAGACAAAGAGGCCUAUGAGGGCCUCUCAUUGUACAAGCCCCCAUAGUUAAUCAGGAACAGUUAUUGAUAUGUUAUGGUGACAGAUCUGUAGUAGGAGUAGCAACAAAUCAAAUAAGAGAGGAUUUGAUGGGCAAAAGGACCCAUUUCCAUGCUGCACUUUGAUAAAUAUCAUUUGUUUUUCUGUCCUCACUGAUGUGCAAUGUUCGAAGAUUUUUCACAAUAGAAUUUUUGGAGUUGAUAUCUGAGAAUCAAUCCUAUCUCUGGGGUUUCUAUGAAACAUGACUGUUGACCUUGGAAUAUUAAAAAUGUAGCAUUAUUAUAAUAUUGUUUGAUAUGGAUAAAAUUGAACCAAUUUGCAGAGUAGCAGAACUAUGACAAGGAAAAAUUGGGAUUCAGUUGGAGUCUCCUGCCUUCAUUAACACUUUAAAGUAUUGUUUUGUUAUUGCACACUGGAAAAGAAAUGAGACACACCUCAAUGUAAUUUCAGUGAACUUCAGACCAUAUUGUCUGUCCCUUUAGGCAGAUGCAGAAGUCAAUGAGCAUUAGACUUCUAUUUGGUAUGCAUGGAACUUUCAUCAGAGGGAAGCAACCAUGAAAUACAUCAACUGCUGGGGGAUGACCCGUGGUUGAGUUUAAUCAAGGGGAAUAUAGAUGUGAGGCUAGGGAUUAUUAAUGUCAAGUUUUAUCACUUUUCAUUGAUUAAUGCCUAGUUAUUUUCUGAUUUGGUGAAUUAGCCAAUAUAAAUAAAAUCCUUCUGUAUGUGAAAGAAAAAAAAACUCAACUGUCAAUUAUUUGAAGUCUGGAUGUGGAGCAUCAUGUACUGGAAAUACAGUUGCAACACAACAUGAACCUGGCCUUCAUGCCAUGAUAGCAUCACUGAUGCUCAUACAAUAUAAUAUAGUAUUUAAUUUAAUAACGUCACUAACAGCACGUAUCUGCACCUCUCAGCCUAAUUUUUAAUGGGAAGAUCAAUAGAUGCUUAGGUUUAUUUUUAAAUAGAACAGCUGAUCUAAAUUUUUUUGUAAAGAAACACUUUGAAGAAUAUGAUUAGCAAGUGUGGCAGUGACAACAGUCAACACACCUAGUGAACAUAUUGGCAGUCCCCCACAAGGAAAUUAAGUCAAAGCCUGAGUUCAUUCGAAUGUUCGGUCAUAUCUCAUUAGUGUAAUCCUUUAAAAUAGGACAACAAAUCGUAACACUGACCAGAAAGAACGUGCAUUUUGAUUUGGUCCAUCAUAUCUCCAAAGCCCCAAUGGCAUAACAUUUUUUGAAGUUUCUUUUGUGUUCACCCAUUUGCCAAUCCAAAAUAAUCUCGGAAUUUAUCAUUGGAACUCGUAUUUAUUAAAACCACGAUUGUAACUGUUUCCUUCUGCAAAAUCUCCACCAAUUCUUGUUGGAUCACUGUCAUACAGAUUAUUACACAAGAAGAUUUUCCAUUUACAUUUAUAUCUAGAGGCUGAGAAAGAUUUUGAUGGUGGGGCCCAUAAAGGUGGUGUGAGUGAAUCAUCAAAAUAGAGCUCUUUAAAUAUCAUUGCUCGUUUGUUACUUUGUGUCGCGGCAGCACUGAAAAAAACAUGAUUAUUGAUUUUCUUCAACUUCAGUUGCCUUUCUGUUGUUCAAUUUUUCUUUCAUGUUCUUAAACUAUAAUGAUAAAGACUGGAAAGUAGCAAUACUAUU